AUGGGAAGCGACGGUUCGAAAUUGAAGCACAGCGCCUCGACCCACGAGAAUUUGCCCUCGAUCAAUUUGCCGGCCACUGGAAGCUUCUAUGAAGGAUGUACUAGUGAGUUUUCAAAUUUGAAAAAAUUAGACAUUUUGGGUAAUUUGAAGCGUUAUUUUGAGCCUUUUUCCUUAAAAAUGUAGCUUUCUUAGGCGAUUUGCGAGCCUGAAUGCUUUAAAAGGACCAUAUUUGCUCCAAACAAUAAGAAAAUUGAAGUGAUCACUUAAGGAGUCUCCUUGAUUGAAUCCUCACGUGACCAAGUACUUGAGGGCUUCAAAAAGUAACAACUUGUCUUCUCACAAUUUUCCUUAACCUGAUCCCUUAAGUGAUCACUCAAGAAGUUACGAUACUUUAAUUUUAGGCUGAAAAAUGGGGAUUGAAGUAGUUGAGAAUUUCUUUGAUAAAGUUUUAGGAUAUUAGAAGAAAAUCAGACGUUUUGCUAAGCAUUUUGAGUAACUUGAGGCGGGAUUUUGAGCCUUUUUCGUUAAAAAUGUAAGCUCUCUCGUGCGAUUUUCAAGCCUCGAUGCUUUAAAAGGACAAUAUUUGCUCCAAACAAUGGGAAAAUUGAAGUGAUUACUUAAGAAGUUUUCUUGAGUGAUCAAGUAUUUGAGGGCUUAGAAAAGUGAAGAUUCAUUCACAGGGCUUCUUUAUUGAUCUGAUCCCUUAAGUGAUCACUCAAGGAGUACUGAAAUCUUAAUUUGAGAUUCAAGAGUCUGGGUUAAAAAAAUUGAGAUCAAAUCUGAUAAAAGAAAAUUUAAAGUUCACUUUUUCUAGAUUCAAAAAAAAAAAUGAAAGAUUAAGGAUUUUCUGAAAUUUCCAUCGGUCGAAAUCUCACGAUAGAUCGUCCAAAAUUAAAAAAAAAUUUUGAAAAAUCAAAAAUUUGUACACCAAAUGGCCUUUCUACCAUUAAAAUUGACAUCUUUUUUAUUUUUUUCGACCCAAAUUUGGUUCAUUUGUUGUCCAAGGAAGUGGAUUUCUUCUCCGCCACCUUUAAGUACAACCAAUUUUUUUUUCUUCUUUCUUUUCUUGAAAACCGGAUGAAGCUAAUUGGCUGGGGCACUUCAAGUUGAUUGUUUUCCUCCUCCUCCACAAUUCGGCUCCUUUUUCUUCCGUCUUCGAGUAUUUCGUUUCAAUUACCGGUUCCUUUAUUUUUAGAGAGGUCCUUGGGUGGCUCGAGUUGGUUAUUGAGAGGAUUAAAUUCAAGUAGUGGAAAUUGAAAAAAAUUAUAUUUUUUUCCAGAAGAUUCGGACCAAGUCAACCGGUCGAGGACUGGAAGCGCCAGCAGCCAUCGCAGCAAUAAUCGACAUCCGUUGCCCUUAAAAAUGAGGCGAUUGAUCCAGGUAUCGAAAUGAAAUAGUGGCCCCUUCAGGGUUUGAGUCAGAAAAAAUGAAAUUUUGAUUUUUGUGCAUAAAAUUUGGUUGAUUUUCGAUGACCGAGCCGAAAUUUAAGCGGUUUUUUAAAGCUCAAACGAUUGAAAUUUAAUUUUUAGUGUCAUGCGAAGUGGUCCCUUGAGGGUUUACGGGUUGAAGAAAAAAAUAAAAUUACACCUGAAAAUUUAAUUUUUCAUGAUUUCAGCUAACUUUAACAGAAUUUUUUUGAAUUUUUUUGUAGAUUUUUCAUGAAAAAAAGUCGGAAAUUUUUCAGUUAGCAGCAGGAAAAAAAGGUGGCCCCUCAAGUGUUUUUAGGAGAAAGAAAAGCGAAAAAUUUGAUUUUUGUACAUAAAAUUUGGUUGAUUUUCGAUGACCGAGCCGAAAUUCAAGCGAUUUCAAAAAUAUUAAAAUUCAAUUAAGGGUCAUGCGAAGUGGCCCCUUGAGGGUUUAUGGGUUGAAAAAAUGUUCAAAUUGAACCUGAGAACAUCGUUUUCUUGACUUCAGCUAAAUUUAACAGACCUUUUGAAUUUUUGUGGAUUUUCAUCACAAAAAUUGGAAUUUUUCAGUUAGCAGCAUGAAAAUUGAAGUUUCCACUUUUAUACCGGAAUUUUUGAGUUUCCCACCGUUCUAUGACGUUUCGUGUUCCAAGAAAAACGCUUUUUAUGAUUUCUCUUAGAGAUUCUCAAAAAAACUUUCGUGUUUUCGAGGCGAACGCACGCACGCGAAUGCAAUGAAUUAUGGGUGGGAAAUCACGGUAAUUACGUGUUUUGCGCCUAUUUUUUGCGCUCAAGCGACUUGUGUAGCGAUUAAGUGACUAGCGUUUGAUUUUUGGUGUCGUAGGGGAAGAUUUAGCUUUUUUGAAAAGUAUACUUUUCAUGGAUCCACCUUAAAAUGUCCUUUUAAAGAGUUCUUUUUCGUCACGGAUAUGGAAGAUGCUUAGCUAAAAGUUCAUAGUUUUUUUUUUGGUUAUGGCUUAAAAAUUACCUGGGUGCUCAUAGGCUAUUGACGGGCUUCGAAAGCCUUGAAAAACUUCAAAAACGUAUUUCAAUCCAUCUCUGACACUUAUAAUUGAAUAAAUUGAACAUUUGAUUAAAUUUUUGAUAAGCGGGACGUUUGAAGGCGGAAACUUGAAAUUUUUGAAGCUUAAGAAUGUUCUUGAAUGUUCAUAAUCAUUUAAAAAAAUGCUUCCUGAGGAUUCAAAGAAGCAGAAAAAUUACCCAAGGAGAGAAUUGAGAUGCGUAACCAUUUUUUUAGUGUUAUUUUUGAGCCCCGCCCCCUCCACAACUUUAAAAAAGCGGAAUAAGAACUUGAAGCAAUAAAGAAUCAAUUUUCAUGGAUUCAUUCCAUUUUUUGAUCCCCCUUUCAUUUUUGACCCUUUUACUCAUUCCAUUUUUAAUUUUUGACCAUUCCAGGGUUGCUUCGUGAACCCGCACGAGCUGGUCGGCCGCCGGAUCAUGAAACGAGCCUGCGACCUCCGUCCCGAGUUCGCCUCCUUCUACGGAUCCCUGGAGCAGGAGCAACGGGACGACCUCGAAGAUUCCAUCAAAAUGCUUCUCAAGAAGGUCGUCACCAACAUUGAGUUCGUCGACGAGGUCUCCUUUCACUCAUUGAUUCUGAGAAUAAUGGAGAUUCUUCAGAUUCAAAAGCUUUCUGAGGACUUUGGACAGAAGCUCGUCGGCUACAGAGUCUGUGGCUUCAAGGCGGACUUCUUCGCCAUUUUCGCCGACGCCACCAUCAAAGAGUGCACCCAUUUGGAUUCGGCCGUCCACAAGGCCCACACAACGACGCAGGCCUUCUCGCAGUUUGGACAAUUGGUUCGUGAGGGGUUUUGUAGGGGCUUUUUGAAAGGAAAAAUACAGAAAUAGGUUUUUUGGGGGUUUUUUAAAUGGGACAGAUAAAUUUCUGUGUCUUUUAUGACUAGGAUUUGACCAAUUUUGAGUAUUCUUCAAGUUCCUGAAGUCCAAGGUCGGAAGUUUUGUUUCGUCGUUUUUCAGUACAAAUUUAGUCAGCAUUGGAACUCGGUCUGUCAUUAGUUCAGUUUUAAUUCAAAAUUUUUGGGAUUUUGGGAGGUAAAUAAGGCAACAAGUCGGAAUUUUCAGCUCUUUGACAUUUAGGGAAAAGUUCCUUUUCAUAUUCAAAUUUCAAGCCAAAUACUUUAUAUUUCUGUUUCGUAACAAAACGGGAUUAUUCAGACUUUUUUUAAAAAAACUUUUGGCCAUCGUACUGCGAUUUUCCAGAAGCCAUUAUCCCUCCCAAGUAUUUUUAGAAAACACUAGGCACCUCUGAGAGUUCUAAGACAAAGAUCUGUCCUAGUUGAGCCAAUUUGAGGUUUUUUUUUCUCCUCUUUUUGAAGAUUCCCAUCCGUUUAGGAGAGUUCUUCGAAAACUUGACUAGUUUAGAAGGAGCUGAAUUGCGUUCAAACUGAAAAUAGAUUGUGUUCUGAGAAGUUCAAGUGGGGUGACUAAGCUUCUGGUUCAAGUCUAACUACCUCAUCUUCGGAGGAAAAUAAAUUAAGGUAUCCAGAACUUUUCCAACGAGGAAAAAAAUGGGUUUUUGUGUUUUCUGAGGAGUUCUAGUGGAUUGAGCUCAAGGUGAAAUUUAACAUAUUCCAUGAAAGUAAUUACGAUGUCCAGGGUGACCGAAAAACCGACUUUCCAAACACAAAAAUUACCGUAACUCGAAAAUUCCUACAGUAACCCAAGAUGGUAUGUACUGUAAAAGCUCCUAAAAUUGGAUCACCUAUCGAUUGAUAUAUCACUUGCCUAGUAAAAAAUCUUCAGUGCUUAGAUACGCAGGUGCCUACCGUAACCCAACUAAGAGGGAACGGCUCAAAAAGUUGCCUCCGCAUUUCUGAUGAUGGGUUAUCACACUAGAUGGAGUUUCAUAAUAAUCAAAAAUAAUUUUUUUACCCGUUGCUUUUGAAACUUUUUGAAAAUAUCAGAGACAGCGUACUGCGAAUCUGAAGUUUUAAAGCUUCCAUUGAGCAAAAAUUGAGUUUUUGUAUCUUUCCUGAGAAAGAAUAUCGUUCUGCGGAGUUCUAGAAAGAAAACUAAGCUCAAAUUUGAAGCCAGGUCACCUCAAAUCCAUAGAGAGGAUUUUUCGAAAAUUCCUGAGCAAAAUGGAGUUUUUAUAAAUCUGACUAAAAAGGCUGAUUUUUUUGAUUUUUCAGGUGUUCUCCUCGGUUCGGGACGGCUUCUACACGGAAGUGAGGAGGAUCCGAAGAGCUUCAAACUCCUUCUCGACCGGAUCCAACGGAAGCUGUCGACGCAAGAGAAUGUCGACGACGACGAUGCCCAACUCCCCGACCAGCGACACCUCGGACACUGCCAGUCAGAAGGGCAGCCGUGGUGAAUAUUUUGCUCUAUUUGUUAAUGAUUCUAUUAAAGAUCAAGCUUCUAAGGUUACCUUAAAAAGAGCCUCUACAAAAUCAUGACGUUUCUGGAUCUUUGAUAUUUAGAUUGAGCUUUUUCGAAAGUUUUACUGCAGAAAAGUUUUUUAGACUAACUUUCUAUUACCUAAUUUAUACCAUUGAUCGAUGAAAAUUUAUUUUGAAAAGCUUAGAGUUUUCGAAAGUCACCAAGAAAUGUUCACAGUUUCAAGAAAUUUGUUUGAGUUUUGGAAGCUGUCAUAUAAACAUUCUUGUAUCGAAGUCCUUGAACAUCUUUAGAAAUUUUUCCGAAAAGAUUUACGGGUUGUUUGACCAUUUUUAAUAAGAAUUAAACUAUUUUUGAUGAAUUAAGAGAUUUUUAAGGGUCAGAAGAGACAAUUAACUAACUAGAACCAAUAAACUCCAUGCUUAAAAAAUAUAAAUUGCGUAAUUUUUUUCUGAAAAUGAAGCUUUUUCGAAGGGUCGUUGUUGAACAGUUGAACAGGAAUAAAAAAUUGUUUCUUUUGUAAAUUCAAUAGCCAAGUUCAACCCAUUUAUUUUUCCAGGCAACUCGCCUCGAGCGUCCUUCUCCCGCUCUGGCUCUCCUCGAUCCGACUCGCCGGAAUCGUCUCUCGAAGAGCCGACCGUGUACCCAUCGCCGGAAUUCCUGAAACCGACCUCCGCCCAGCUUCUCACCACUCGAUCUUAUUGA